CAUGACUAGUUCGUCGGUGAGUGUUCUGUUUUGUCUUUGUUUAGCACCUAGCCUUGAAAUAAAGGAAUUCUCACUUUAAUCUGCAUUUGGGUCCUACCUGCUUCACACACCGUGACACAUUCAUCCAAUGUCAGACCUUUUAACAAAAGUUUCAAUGAUUUUCUUUCAUUAUAAUUUCAUUCGGAGCGAUGACCUCUAAAGGAAGCGGGACAAUGGAGGUGGCGGCGCUCGGACGGCCUUUCAGCCUCGGGAUGUUGUACGACUGCCGCAACGACUCUCUCGUCCCUGGAAUCACUUUGUGGGACUGUGAUGACCUUAACAAUCAUAUUAGAGAAAGACCACAGCAUUAUAAUGAUUGUGGUAUAGUUGCAUCUGAAUCAAUUGAGGACAAAUCUUCAGCACUAAAUGUUGAAGCAUCACUGAAGGCAAGUUUCUUGGGUGGACUGGUAAAGGUUGGUGGAUCAGCCAAAUACCUGAACGAUAGCAAGACUUCCAAAGAUCAUGCUAGAGUAACACUGAAUUACCAAGCUACCACAAAGUUCCAAGAACUGUCCAUGAAUCAUCUUGGGGAUGUUAAGAAACAUCAGUUUGUGUUUGAGAAAGGAAUAGCAACACAUGUAGUCACAGGUAUCCUUUAUGGGGCACAAGCCUUCUUUGUCUUUGACCGUGAGGUGUCUGUCAACGAGAACCAUCGAGACAUUCAGGGCAACUUGAAGGUGAUGAUCAAGAACAUUAGCUCCCUUUCAAUAGAUGGUAAAGGCUCGCUGAAAAUGGAAGACAAGGACAAAGCAAAUGUUGAGAAAUUCUCCUGCCGAUUCUUUGGAGACUUUUUUAUUCAGAAACCUCCGACAUCCUUUCAGGAGGCAGUAGAGGUGUACCAAAGUCUGCCAAAGCUGCUGGGAGCCAACAGGGAAAACGCAGUACCAGUGAAGCUGUUGCCUCUGACAUGUUUAGAUUCUACUGCCGCUAAACUUGUCCGUCAGAUAAGUAUAGGAUUAGUUGAAGAAUGUCAGAGUGUCCUGGAGGACUUCAGUGACCUGGAGAUGAGGUUCAAUGAUGCACUGAGAACCCAAACUGCACAGCAGUUCCCACAGAUUGGAGAAAAACUCAAAACCUUUAAACAGAAGUGCUCUCAGUUCAAACUGGAAUUCCAACGAACCCUGGCAAAGAAACUUCCAUCAAUCCGAGGAGGAGGAGAAGAAGAAGCUGUGCUCGCAGAGGAACUGAGGAAGACAUGUUCUUCUCCUUUCAACAGCAAGGACCUGAACGAGUGGAUGGACUGUAAGGAGAGAGAAAUCUACACCGUGAUGUCUCUGACCGACAUGAUGACAAACACCAAGAUCAUCUCAUCUCAAACAGACCUGGACAAAGAAAGCUUCAAAGCAGAGCAGGCUGUGUGUUUUGUCUUCACCUCGCUGGGAAGAGAUGAACCGUACCUCUCAACUUUAUCAAACUACCUUAAACAAACACCCAAACCAGAUGAUGCCCAAGAUCCACACCCUCCAGAUCAAUGGUACAACUCAAGAGAAGAAUGGGGAGCAAUGCGGCAUAAAGCAAAGCUCUUCAGUGAUUUUGCAGAGGCCAACAAGGAGAACAAGAACAUCACAUUUCUGACGGUGGGUUUAACAAACGAGACACAGAAAGGUGCCAGCAUCUACCUUUAUACAGACGGCCUUUCUGUCAAUGAGAACUUUGAGCCGCCUUCAAAGCCUGCAACAGUAACAGGAAGUGAUAUAAACCACAGCAGUGUGACGCUGAACAUUUCUCCACCCAGAUUUGGAGCAGAGGACAUCACCUCCUACUCUGUUGAGUACUGUGUCAGAGGAGAGGACGGCUGGAAACAAGAGACAGCAUCCAGAGCUGAAGAAGUCACAGUGAGCGGCCUGAGUCCUAACACAGAGUACAGGUUCAGAUGCAGGGCAGAGACACCAGUAGGUGCCGGGCCAGCCAAUGAAGUCAGUGGAUCCAUUCAAACCUUACCCUGCAGCCCUCCUGGAAAACUCCACGUUGAAUCUACCUCAGGUGAGAUAUCAGUCAGCUGGGAGAAACCUGCUGAGCUCGGACAAGAUGUCCACGUUUUGAGCUACAUCGUGGAGUACGCCGAACCAGACCAACAGGUGAAAGAGGAAGAUCUCCACUGGGAGAGGGAUCCCUCCUCUGUUGCUCUCCCUGAGGUUUCUCCCAUUUUUCCCUUUAAACUGUGGGUUUUCUCCGGAAGUUUUUCCUUGUACGAUGUGAGGGUCUAAGGACAGAGGGUGUCGUAUUGUCAUACUGAUAUUUUGUACAAACUGUAAAGUCCACUGAGACAAAUGUAACAUUUGUGAUAUUGGGCUAUAUAAAUAAACAUUGAUUGAUUGAUUGAUAUGGUGGGAGCUGAGAAGGCGAUCAUUUCAGGACUUCAGCCAGAGACAGAAUACGCUGUCAGGGUCAGGUGUGAUUGUGGUGCAGCUGGAAGAAGCAAAGAAAGCAUCGCUGUUAAUGUCCGCACAACAACACCUGCAUAUCUUAAAGAAUUCCUCAAACGUAAAAGCAAAAUCAUCAAUACUGAAUCUCCCUCAGUUUACAAACUGCCUCUGACAGAAGAAGACAUGGACGUUGAUGGAUGCCGGAGGUACAACUUUGGCAAAGACAGCAUGAGGCAAAAUCGUACAAUAAUGCUUCUCGGAGCAACUGGAUCUGGAAAGUCCACUCUGAUCAAUGGACUCAUCAACUACAUCGUUGGUGUAGAGUGGAAGGACGAUUUCAGAUUCAAGUUAGUUAACGAGGAUCAGUCGAGAUCUCAAGCUGAGAGCCAGACCUCUGAAGUCACUGUGUACCAAAUCAACCACCAAGAGGGCUUUAAAACCCCUUUCUCUCUGACCAUUGUUGAUACUCCAGGCUUUAGAGAUACAAGAGGAAUAAAAAGAGACGAGGAGAUCAAACAACAGCUUCUUAAUCUCUUCUCUGCUGAGCGUGGCAUCAGUGAAAUUGACGCUGUGUGUUUUGUAGUUCAGGCUUCUUUAGCUCGGCUCACACCAAGACAGGAGUAUGUGUUUGAUUCUGUGCUCUCAAUCUUUGGCAAAGAUGUGAAAGAGAACAUCCAGGUUCUGGUGACAUUCGCAGACGGCCAACGCCCACCAGUUCUAGAGGCGAUCAAAGCUUCAGGCGUCCCAUGUCCUAAAACAGAAGACGGGCUGCCAGUUCACUUCAAAUUCAAUAAUUCUGCCUUGUUUGCACAGAACCAAUCAUCUGCUGCUGCUGACUCCAGUGGAGAGGAGGAAGAGGGAGGCUUUGAAAAGAUGUUCUGGAAAAUGGUGGCAGAAAGCAUGAAGACGUUCUUUGUUGCUUUAAAUAAGCUAACAACCAAAAGCUUGACAUUGACAAAGGAAGUCCUCAGAGAAAGAAAGCAGCUCCAGAUCUCAAUGGAAAAUGUGCAGAAGCAGGUUAAAGUAGGGUUAGCCAAGAUUGAGGAGAUAAACAAGACAUCUGAACAACUUAAACUGCAUGACGCAGAGUGCAGCAGAAAUGCAAAAUGUGAGUUUGAAGUAGUUGUCACAAGGCCUUUUAAAGUAGAUAUAUCUGGCACUGGAACGUUCGACACCAACUGUCAGCUGUGUCAUUUCACCUGUCACACAGAAUGUCCAUAUGCCAAUGAUGCAGAUAAAAGGAAGUGUCCUGCAAUGGGACCAGAUGGAAACUGUACCCAGUGUCCAGACAAAUGUCAUUGGAGUAAACAUGUUAACCAGAAGUACAGAUGGGAGUAUAAGGAGGUUAAAGAAAAGCAAACCGUGCAGGACCUGAAAGAAAAGUACCUGAAGGCCUCAAAGGCUAAGGGAACUGUUCAGGAAGUGAUCGCUCAUAUGAAGGCUGAAUAUCAGCGUCUUCAGGCUGAAGUGAGGGAGAUCAUGAAGAGGUCUGCUGAGUGUCUGAAGAGACUAGGAGAGAUCGCACUGAAGCCAAAUCCUCUCUCCACUCCAGAGUACAUUGACCUGCUCAUUGAGGGAGAGAAAUCUGAGGCCAAGUUAGGCUGGAAGCAACGAGUCGAGUACCUGAUGGAGGUGAGAGGACAAGCAGAGCUCAUGGCUAAAGUAAGGAGAGGAGAAAACCUGCUUUAAAGUGAAGAAUUUCUAACCAAGGGAGAAUUAAGACCAGUGCCAACUUAGACCAAGACAAAGAGCUGAAAGCAAUAGGCUCAAGCCAUGAUAAUGACCCAGACAUUUUAAUGACUAUAGAUAACCAAGGGUUGGGACCAAUAAAGGACCAUGUCGUACUUUAUUUGCUUACACAUCGUGUUUUAACUUUAUUUGUCUAAAUCACCAUGGUUUCAAUUUUGUAAACUAACUUCUUACAGCAAAGAUGUUUUAUGAAUGUUGAUGAAUCUAAAAAGUAAUCCUUGAAAGAAAUGCUGAAUAAGAGAUUGACCUGAGUUUUAGAAGCCAGAGGAACAGAAGAGUUAAGUCAGGAUAUUUUGUGUCUACGAACGACAUGUGUGAUUUUGUUGUUGAUUUUUGAUGCUGUGUUGUAACGCCAAAGUAAUGUUGUUCAAGCCAUGUCAAUAAAAUGGAAAGAGUUUGAAGCCUAA